UCCAAUUGACUUGUCAGAAAACUCUAUCUGACAUUGAAUUUCCAUAUUAUCACACAUUUUCCAUGUUCGUAGGGCUUGAAAUCGCCACUGUUCUGCUGUGGGUUGUUGCUGUCUCGGCUGUUUGGGAUGUGGCUGAAGUUCCUGAGAUGGCUUUGCUGCAGCGACAUUUGGAGAUCGAAACUCCCCUGAUGCGACGUCUGAAAGCUUCGCCCAUGUUCUGGCUGCACAUCCCAAAGUGCGGCACCAGCUUCGCCAAUACAGUAAUGCAUAUGCCGAACAUGUGCCCGGGUUUGGGGGAGAAUUUGAGUAUCGAUGAUGAGCAGUUCGGAAAGUGCUUCGAGCAUACCCUGCAGGUGAACUGCCUGCGGUGGUGUGAUCAGAGUCUUAUUCAUUGUAAUUGGCCAAUACAAUCUCAUCAGUUUUUGUCAGAUGAGAAGUACGAGGAAUACAAGGGCAAAUUUGUGGCACUUCUACGUCAACCCGAGCAGCGUUUGCUAUCUGCCUACAAUGAUGAUGGUGACCUGUUCCGAGCAGAGCCCUAUAUCAGCAUAUGUGCUGAAAAUCGCACACCUGAACGAAUCCUGUCACUGGAUGAGUUUAAAUCCAAAUGGGCUCACUGGACGACAGGGCAGAUCGUCGGCCAUCUUCCAGCUACCUUAGCAGAUGUCCCAGUGGCGCUGCAAAGAUUGAGAGAAGGCUUUGCAUUUGUAGGUUUGCAGGAAGAGUGGGACCUGUCUGUAUGCCUCUUUCAUACCAAAUUUGGAGGGCCCUGCCGCAACUUGGAAUUUCUGGAUACACGGCCGAGUGACAGAGCCACCGGAAACACAAGCGAAUACGAUACUUCAAUACUGGAUGGGUGGGUGGAUGAAAUUGAUGGUCCUGUCUAUACAGAGGCCCAACGCUUGUUCUAUGAUGAUUUGAAACGGUACGGUGUUUCGCAUGAGACUUGCCAAGCAUGUUAUCAAGAAGCCAAUGUGGCAUGACAUUCGUGGAAUCUAUCAACUGUGCCGUGAAAAAUACUCAGAUGAGUUGGGACAAGUGAAGACACCCGAGCAAGCAAAGCUGUAUGAAUUCGAAUUGACAGCUGGUUUCAAAGCUAUGUUUUCUCAUACUUGUAGGGUCUGGUUAUGCCAUUCCAAGUUGCCUCUAAUAUUGAAGCCAGAGAAAUCCAAAUGAUAUAUGUAGUUAGUCCACAUACCGCCAUCAAACAUAGAUAGAUUUAGGCUCGGAAAGUCUGCACAGACUUAAAUUCAUGUAGAUUGGAUAGAUAUAGAAUGUACGGAUAGAUGGAUGGACAGAUGGAUAGACAGGUAGAUAGGUUGGCCGCUGAUCCAGAGGUCCGCAAUGGUACCCCAAAAAGAUCCAAAGGUCGUCUAUUUGCGGUGAAAGUGGAUCCGGUUGCCAACUUCGCCCAGUUUCAAAGUCAGUCAUCCAAUGAGGAUGAAAUUUGGGAAUGGCAAUGGCUCAACGAAAAAAGAUUGGAC